AUGUCCGGCCCAGUCCCCAUCGCCAGCGCCCUCAGCGACAUCUAUCCCGCCGACGCCCUCGUCGCCGAGGCUCCGCGAUGGAACAACCUCGUCACCAAGUUCGAGGCCCUCUACGGCCACCCGGCCAGCUUCGUCGCGCGCUCGCCCGGCCGCGUCAACAUCAUCGGCGAGCACAUUGACUACUCACUGUACUCGGUGCUGCCCAUGGCCAUCACCGCCGACGCGCUGCUCGCCGUCGCCGCCAAGCCUGCGGCGCCGGAUGCCAAGACGUUCCGCAUCCGCAUCGCCAACGUCGAGGACGACAAGUUUGCCGCCAAGGAGUUCGAGCUGCCCAUCGACGGGGAGGUCGAGAUUGACGCGACCAAGUUCGAGUGGACCAACUACUUCAAGAGCGGUCUGCGCGGCGUGCUGAACCUGCUGAGGAAGCAGCAUGGCCAGGGCUUCCGACCCGUCGACAUGGAGCUGCUUGUGGAUGGCAACGUGCCCGUCGGUGGAGGACUGAGCUCCAGCGCUGCCGUCGUGAGCGCGAGUUCGCUCGCCGUCAUGGUCGCAAAUGGCAACAAGGCGGUGGACAAGAAGGAGUUGACUGAGCUUGCCAUCGUGAGCGAGCGUGCCGUAGGCGUCAACUCGGGCGGCAUGGACCAGUCUGCCUCAGUCUUCUCGGAGCAAGGCGCCGCCCUCUUCGUCUCGUUCAGCCCGGAGCUCUCUGCGCGCCCCGUCAAGUUCCCUCCCACGACGCCGGAGCUAUGCUUCGUCAUCGUCCAGUCCUUCGUCACCUCCAACAAGCAGGUGACUGGCCCUAUCCACUACAACCUGCGCGUGGUCGAGUGCAGCAUGGCGGCGGCCUACCUCAAUGCCGUCCUCAACCCGGCGGGCGUCGAGCUGCCCGAGGAUGCUGGACCCCUGGGUGUCAGUCUGCAGGGCUUCCACAACGCCUUCUUCCGCAACCAGAGCGGCUCGGGCGACGCUGCUGCUAAGAGCCUAUCCAUGGAGGAGGAGCUCCAGAAGCUGCUGGCCAUCACCAAGGAGACGCUGACACAGGAGGAAGGAUACACGCGCGAGGAAGUGGCCAAGGCGCUCAACAUCACUAUCCCAGAGCUCGAGGCCCGCUUCAUGUCCAAGCUGCCCGUUCGUGCCGAGCGGUUCAAGCUCCGCCAGCGUGCCGUCCACGUCUUCUCCGAAGCCCUCCGCGUGCUCAGCUUCAUGGCCCUCCUUGAGCGGCCCGUCCACACUGGUGCGACGGAUACGACGGCCUUCAACAAACAGCUCGGCGAGCUUCUCAACGAGACGCAAACGUCAUGCCGCGACCUCUACGAGUGCAGCUGCCCGGAGCUGGACCAGAUCUGCGCCAUCUCGCGAGCGGCCGGGGCGUACGGCGCUCGGGUCACCGGCGCCGGAUGGGGCGGCUGCAGCGUGCACCUGGUGCCGGCGGACCGGGUGGCGGCAGUCACGGAGGCGCUGGAGAAGGAGUACUUUGCCAAGCGGGAGUUGACGGCCGAGCAAGAGGCCGGGGCGGUCGUGGUGAGUCGGCCAGCCACGGGCAGUGCGGUAUACUACGUCCAGGAUGGCGUGAACUAA